CGUGUGCUUAGGUCUGUGCUGCGUGCGCAAAAUAGUAAAUAACGACUGUGUGUGUGCUGAAGAAAAUCAUACAUUUUCUGACAGGUUUAGGGAGAUUUGUGCCGGAAUGCGGCGUUGUUGCUGACCACCUCAUCAGCUGUCUCUUUCUGUGUUUGUAUGAGUAUGUGUGUGUGUGUGUGUGUGUGUGUGGACUUUGACGGGGACGACGGGCAAGGACAAAAAUGCCACUACGGGAAUCAGUAACUCUGUGCUGUCUCGAACGGUGGAAAAAACACUGACUGCCUUUUAAAUAUCCACUUUGGAUCUACCUUACCACACAUCUGGAUUUUCUUCCCUUCUUCUUCUUCUUCUUCUUCUUCGCAGAGUAUUUCUCCGAACAGUUUUCCUUCCUGAAGAACGGUGACUCACUGCAGGCAGAAGGCGAGCCGCUGCAUCCUAAUCAGACAGCGGAGAGGACUUCAGCUCAUUGACAUUACAGUCAUACUUUUCUGGAGCACUUUUUUUUAUUUCCACUGCGCUGCACUGUAGCCUGCGUGUGCAUUGGAGGCUUUGUGGCUUCUUCUUUUUCCCCCCUUCACACAGAGGAGAAGGAGGAUACGGGUGGCACCUACUGAAGUGGGGUAAGGAGAUGAAACUCUCCCUAAACCCUCCUGGAACGGACUGUUUUUAAUUUUUUUAUUUUUACAGUUUUAUUCUUGGACUAUUUAAGCAGCUUCUUUUGGUGGUAUUUGAACACUUACAAUGACUAUUCUGUUUGGAGACUGGAUCCCGAUUAUUGCUCAGAUGAGUCUGGAUGCUCAGCUGAAUAUAAAUUAGGUGUUCAGCACCACAGAUUGCUCGCAGAGGAAGAGAGCGACAGAGCAAAAACAAUCCACAAAUGUCAAGGCCUCACAUGAUGAACAGAACUCUUUAUUUGGUCCCAAAUAACAGAAAUACCAAAUUUGAGCAAAAUAUCAACAGUUAAAUGCAGGGGUAAUCUCAACUAAGAUCACAGCAGCUUUUUACUGAGCGGAGAUGUAUCUUUCUAUUUUCUUUUUCCUGCUCUUGUGGGCACAAGCCCUGACAUUGAAAAACUUGAAUUACUCUGUCCCAGAGGAGCAGGGUCCGGGUACAGUGAUUGGGAACAUUGCCAAAGAUGCCAGACUUGGAAUUGAACAGAUUGGGCAGGGAGGACAGGGUAAGAAAGCCAACUUCAGAGUGCUGGAGAACUCAGCCCCGCAUCUCAUCGAUGUGGACCCACAAAGCGGACUGCUGUAUACGAAACAGCGCAUCGACAGGGAAACAUUGUGUAAGAGAAACCCCAAGUGCCAGCUCUCAAUGGAAGUGUUUGCCAAUGACAAGGAGAUAUGCAUGAUCAAGAUAGAUAUUCAGGACAUUAAUGACAACUCACCUACGUUCCCUUCAGAUCAGAUUGAUAUUGACAUUUCUGAAAAUGCAGUUCCAGGGACACGCUUUCCCCUGACCAGCGCACAUGAUCCAGAUGCAGGGGAAAACGGCCUGAAAACCUAUCAAAUAACACGCGAUGACUACAAUCUCUUUUCUUUGGAAGUAAAAUCUCGUGGGGAUGGGACUAAGUUCCCAGAAUUAGUUAUCCAACGACCGCUGGACCGAGAAGAAAGAAGCCAUCACACCCUUAUAUUGUCAGCCACUGAUGGGGGUGAAUAUCCUAGGUCAGGUACCAUGCAGAUAAAUGUUAAAGUUAUUGAUUCCAAUGAUAACAGCCCUGUGUUUGAUCAGCCCUCGUAUGUUGUGGAAAUUCCUGAAAAUUCACCUCCCGGUAAAGUCUUGAUUGAUUUAAAUGCCACGGAUCCUGAUGAGGGGAACAAUGGACAAGUAGUCUAUUCUUUUAGCGGCUAUGCCCCAGAGAGAAUCAGAGAGCUUUUCUCCAUAGAUUCAAGAACAGGAGUCAUAAAGAUUCAGGGUGAAAUUGACUAUGAAGAAAGCCCAGUUAUUGAGAUUGACGUCCAGGCAAAGGAUCUGGGUCCCAAUCCAAUCCCAGGCCAUUGUAAAGUGACCGUUAAAGUGCUUGACAGGAAUGAUAACUGGCCAUCUAUAGGCUUUGUGUCUGUGAGACAGGGGGCCAUCAGUGAGGCAGCUCCUCCAGGCACUGUCAUUGCUCUGGUCCGUGUCACAGACAAGGACUCGGGCAGGAAUGGGCAGCUUCAGUGCAGAGUACUAGGUAAUGUCCCUUUUAAACUUGAAGAGAACUAUGAAAACUUUUACACAGUGAUGACAGACAGGCCCUUGGAUAGGGAGAUGCAGGAUGAGUACAAUGUCACUAUUGUGGCCAAAGACAAUGGCAUACCUCCUCUAAACUCCACAAAAUCCUUCACUGUAAAGAUUCUGGACGAGAAUGACAAUGUCCCUCGCUUUACCAAGUCAGUCUACCUUCUUCAGAUCCCUGAGAACAACAUACCUGGGGAGUACCUAGGGUCAGUUCUGGCACAUGACCCAGACCUUGGGCAAAAUGGCACCGUGUACUACAGCAUAAUUAACUCCAAUGUGAGUGGGGGUGACGUCAACACCUAUGUUAAUGUGAAUGCUGCUAAUGGAGCCAUCUAUGCUGUCAGGUCUUUUAACUAUGAACAAAUAAAGUAUUUUGACUUUAAGGUUCUGGCUAAAGAUGCAGGAUCUCCACACCUGGAGAGCAAUGCUACAGUGCGUAUCAGUGUUCUGGACGUCAAUGACAACAUCCCUGUCAUAGUUUUGCCGCUUCUUCAGAAUGAUACAGCUGAAAUCCACGUGCCGCGUAACGUUGGUGUUGGCUACAUUGUCACCACAGUGAGGGCAGUGGACAAUGAUUAUGGUGAGAGUGGGCGGCUCACCUAUGAGAUAUCAGAUGGCAAUGAGGAGCACCUCUUUGAGAUCGAUCCGGUGACUGGCGAGGUGCGAACAGCUCACCCGUUCUGGGAUGAUGUGAGCCCCAUUGUCGAGCUGAUAAUUCGAGUAUCAGACCAUGGCAAGCCAACUCUAACUGCUGCCGCCAGACUCAUCAUCAAGGCCUCCAACGGACGACCUCCUGAUGGACUGCCGCAUAUGAAGGACAAUCAGAACUGGGACAUGUCUUUGCCUCUUAUUGUAACUCUAAGCAUCAUAUCUAUCAUGCUUUUGGCUGCCAUGGUGACCAUAGCUAUCAAGUGCAAGCGGGAAAACAAGGAGAUUCGCACUUACAAUUGUCGCAUUGCAGAGUACUCGCACCCUCAGCUGGGGAAAGGCAAGAAGAAGAAGAUUAACAAGAACGACAUCAUGCUGGUGCAGAGCGAGGUGGAGGAGCGCGAUGCCAUGAAUGUGAUGAAUGUGGUAAGCAGUCCUUCCUUGGCCACCUCUCCCAUGUACUUUGACUACCAGACACGCCUGCCACUCAGCUCACCAAGGUCAGAGGUCAUGUACCUCAAGCCCACUGCCAAUAACCUCAGCGUGCCCCAAGGCCACGUGGGAUGCCACACCAGCUUCACAGGCCCAGUCACCAGCACCACAGACACACCUACUAACCGCAUGUCCAUCAUACAGACGGACAAUUUCCCCACUGAGCCUAAUUAUAUGGGUAGCAGACAACAGUUUGUUCAAAGUAGUUCAACAUUCAAAGACCCAGAGCGAGCAAGCCUCAGAGACAGCGGUCAUGGUGACAGCGACCAGGCUGACAGUGACCAGGACACCAACAAAGGCUCCUGCUGUGAUAUGUCUGCAAAAGAAGCCCUCAAGUUGAAGGCUGCAGGUGUGAAACCACCACCUUUGGAGCAAGAUGAGGAUUGUCUGAAUUGUACAGAGGAGUGCAGGGUACUCGGUCACUCUGACCGCUGCUGGAUGCCCCAGUUCCCCACUGGAGGAAACCAGGCAGAGGGUGUUGACUACCGCAACAAUAUGUUUGUGCCAGCAGGGAUGGAGACUGUGCCAGAGACAGAGACCUACGAGACUGUCAACCCCAAUGGCAAGAAAACGUUCUGUACUUUUGGCAAAGAGAGACGUGACCACACUAUCCUGGUUGCCAACGUCAAGCCCUACUUGAAGGCGAAACGUGCUCUCAGCCCACUGCUCCAAGAGGUACCCUCAGCCUCUGGCAGUCCUACCAAGGGCUGCUCCACCAUGUCUCCCUGCUCCUCAGUCAAAAGCCCUGCUGAUGGGGCUGAAGGCAAACCUCCUCUGGCCACCUGCUCUGGCCACUACGGGCCUCCUGAUGGUCAGUACCUGUCACCAACCAAACAAACCAGAGACCAGGGGGUCUACCCAUCCUUGCCUCCUUCAGACCCAGUGGCCAAGGUGCUCGCAGAGGCUCGCUCUAGGAUCAGCCAAGAGGCAGCAGGUGAAAUGGAGUGUGCCCUGGAGCAUGCGGAGCCAGACGCAAACCGUGAUGGAAUGGACGCUGACCAGGUGGUGAGAGACAUCGACAAACUAUUGCAAGACUGCAGGGGCAGUGAAGCCACUGGCACGCUCAGGAAGUGACACAAAGAACUGCAGCAAAAAGAAGUCCGACGGUAGAGAGAGGAGUAGGGUGCUAUUCCACAAACUCUCAUGCCAAAACUCUCACCAAAACAAACUGCAAAAGCUUAAAUGGCUCUUAUGACAGGAGCUCUUUUCACUGUAAUUGUUGUAAGAAAACACUGAACAUUUAUUAUAUCAGUCAUUCGGCACCAGUUUCGGUGCUAAGAUCCCUACCAACAAAAAGGAACUUCUGAACAUCUGAAUUUAUAAACUCUAUGUUUUGGAUUCCUAAGCAAAUUGCAGAGGUUUAUGCCUCAGGCACCUCGCAAGCUAUUAUCUAAGUGCCCACCAGCUCAUAAGUGUGUUGUUCAUGGUCUCGUGAAAACCUACAUAUUUAAGUGUGUAGGUGGAUUUCUGUUGUAUGUGAUGGACAUAAAAAAAACGAACGAAAAAGGACUAUUUAUGGUCAGAUGCGACAAUCGACGCGGACACGGAAACAAAUUCUAAUCUAUUUGGGACAGUAAGCACCCGAGAUACACAAACCGACCUUAUCUUUUUUUGAAUUUAAUAUAAGUGUUUAAUGUGUGACGGAUCCUGUGUCUGAAAAGAUUGGCUAAUCAGGGGUGUGUGUGUUCACAGGGGUUUGUUACGAACUUGGAGGUUGAAGUGGCUUCUACGUUCCACUGAAGGAGAAUUAUUAACAGUGUAACCAUGCUUCACCUGUCAUUUGUAGCUACAUGUGUAAGCUGUGUCUGUCUCACACCUCUAUUUAAAUGUUCAUGUUGCUGACCAGUGUAGCUGCACGCACCGAGUUUACACACGUGCACUACACUUUGCGCAAACAUAUGCUGACACACACUCACACGCACUGAUGCCCCACCCCACACACACACACACACACACACAGACACACACAUACACAUACGCAGAAAUGCUUAAACACAACUGUCCAUCUGUGGAAUUGUCCUAUACAUGUACGUCAUCAGCUUUCAGUCCCUUGUGUACGGUGAAUUAUCAUGUGUGUGACUCUGCCCUAAGGCAAUCGCAAGUUGUAAAAAAAAAAAAAGGGACAUUUUUCCUCAACUGUGAAAAGAUAAUAUCUAUAUGAUUAUAUAGAUGACUGUAUGUAUGAAUCCAUGUAUAGUGUCCAAAUAUUAACAAAAUAUUUAUACAUUUUAUAAGAAGA